AUGUCCUGUCAGCGGGUACCAGAACUGCCUGAGCAGAGGAAGAUGAAAGAUUUCGUGGAACCCGUGGUGGAGAUGUCCAAAGUUGAGCUCCGGCGGGAGCUGGGUCUUGUUGGAGCGACUUCCUUCGUUGUUGGAAUGAUCAUUGGUUCAGGAAUCUUCAUCUCACCUAAGGGUGUGCUCCGAGCCACGGGAUCUGUUGGCUUGUGUCUGCUGGUGUGGGCACUGGCUGGAGUAGCACAGCUCGGUA